UACUACUACUAUCACAUCCUUAGAAAAUUCUCAUAUUUGUAAUUGUGUUUUUUAUCAUUUGAAAUAUGGCUGGCAAAGGUGGUAGUGGUGGUGGUGGUGGUGCAAAAGGAGGUGCUGGUGGCAGCAGCGGUGGUGGAAGCAAAGGGUCGACUGCUGGCAGUGGCGGCGGCGGAUCAAUGAAAGCGCCAGGUGGUGGUGGAUCAUACAUCUCUCGUGGUGCAUUUGAAAGUAACCCUCAAGGAUACUUUAGUGGCCUUCAUUCUGCGGACAAGGGCAACAAGUAGUGCUAUUUUACUUCAUCUACCUAUAACUAUUACUGCGUUUCUAAUUUGCCUCUUAAUUUAUGUAAUUGUGUGAUGGUGAUUUAUGUAUGUCACUACUAUCACUAUAAAUAAAUGAAUA